AAUUUAUUUUUCUCCACUAGGUUUCGUAAUAUUGUUGUAGAAAGAAAGAAAGCUAGGAUAUAACGAAGUGAGCCCCGAAAGAGAAUCGCCACACAGUGCGGCAUCAAGCGCAACAUGGGUUCGCGAGAGAAGGGCCAGCCGACGCUGCAUCUGAGCAGCCUAGUUGUACGGCCCACCGACAGCGGCGAAGAAAAUGGUGCCGGUAGCGACUACGAGCCAGGUGAAGUUCGUCGGGAUGCGCCGCCGUAUUCACGUUCCGAUCGAUUCUCUGAUAAGCAUGCUGAGCACUUUUCCUGGUGCAAGAACUUUGGUCUUGAAGAAGGCACAUGGUGGGGUUCUGGAUGUAGAGCGCAUGCAGGUUCUGUUUCACCUGUGCGCCAUAGGAAUGCAGAUCAUCGGUAUAGUCCUGAUUUUGAUCAUUCACGUGGCCUACCACGUAGUCGUGGAUUUGGUAGCAGUAGAGAUCCUGGUAGACAUCGAGGCUAUUCACCCCCUUCUGGUCGUGGGAGAGAAGCUGGCAGGUUUGUGUGCAGAAGUUCUGAUGGACCUGGUUAUGGUGCAGGGCAAGUUAGAGGAGAAGGUCUUCCUAGAAGUAAUCCAAAUGUACGGCCAAGAGAUGGUGAUUGGAUGUGCCCGGAUCCCUUGUGUAACAACUUGAACUUUGCCAGACGAGAGCACUGUAACAAGUGCAAAAGGCCUCGAUAUGCACCUCUGGGGAGUCCUAGGAGGGCUUAUCAUUGCCCACCCCCCCCUGGUCGCAUUCCUGGGCCUCCAAUCAACCGUUCUCCAGGAAGGUUAGUGAAUGGAUAUAGGUCCCCUCGUGGCUGGGCUAGAGAUGACCCCAGAGAUUUCAGAGCUGGGGUUCCCCAUUCCAGAUACGAAGGGAGGUUUGCAGAUCUGCCAAUCCGUAGAGAUAGGCCUGAUUUUGCUGAUGCUGAUUGUAGGGCCCAGAGUAGGUUUGAAAGGCCUCCAGCCCUGGAUUGGGGACAUAGAGAGCAUGGGAGAGAGAGCUAUUUAAGCGAGAGGAAAGGUUAUGAAAGGCGAAUACCAUCUCCACCUCAUCCACCAGUUCUACCACCUCGUGGUCAAUGGCCCCGGGAUAUCAGGGAAAGAAGUCGUUCUCCAGUGAGAGGCGGACCACCACCCAAAGACUAUCGCCGUGAUUUAUACAUCGGAAGGGGACGAGAUGAUCGGCGUGUUGGACGAGAUGCUUUUUAGCUGGUGUUGAGAUAAUUAUAUUUGAUGUACGUUUUCUGGUUAGCAAAGUUAAAAGCGACCCAAAUAUUUUACUAGGACUGGUAUUAUCCAAGCACAUAUUUUCUAUCAAGUUCAGAACCUGUUUAUGUACUUCAAUUGUGCAGCCAUUUGCAUUUGCUGAACCAGACAUAGUAUUUUGGACGUUCCCUUUUUAUUUAAUCCCUUUGACUCGACA